AUGGUGCAUCAAAACCCUGUUUUGCAAUUCUUCCUGUUUGUGUGCACUUUAUAUGUCUCAUCAUCAUCAUCUAUACCGUGGCCACCAAAAGAAAACUAUUUUGAUCAGACUUUGGAUCACUAUAAUUUUCAAGCAAGAAACUUGACUUUCAAACAGCGUUAUCUGUAUGAAGAUAAAUGGUUCAAACCAAAUGGACCCAUCUUCUUUUAUUGUGGAAACGAAGGAGGAAUCGAUGGGUUUUGGAACAAUACAGGGCUAAUAUUCGAAUUAGCACCUAGUUUUAAUGCUUUCGUCCUGUUUGCUGAACAUAGAUACUAUGGGAAAAGUCUCCCAUUUGAUAAAAGCUUCCAGCAGCCAUAUAUUCAAUACCUUUCAGUUGACCAAGCGCUAGCAGAUUAUGCUUACUUAAUUGAAGGUAUCAAAAGUAAAUUCAACAUGAGUAGAUCCCUUGUUGUUGCAUUUGGUGGAAGCUAUGGAGGCAUGCUUGCAGCGUAUAUGAGGGCUAAAUAUCCCCAUAUAAUUAAAGGUGCUUUAGCUGCAAGUGCACCAGUUAGAUGGGUUGCAGGUGAGGGGAAUUUUCACGACUUUUUUGAACGUGUCACUAAGGACUACCAUGAUGCUGAUCCAAAAUGUUCAGAGAAGAUUAAAAACGCCUUUAAUUUAGCUGUUCAGCUAUCUCAGAAACCUGAUAUAGGCUACAAACAACUCUCUAAUGACCUACGGUUAUGUAAACCUGUCCAAAAUGAUUUCGAAUUUUACUGGGUACUGAAAUGGGCUCGCAAUGCAUUUGUUAUGAUGGCUAUGUUAGAUUAUCCCUACAAGGCAUCAUUUAUGGCAAGUCUACCUGCUAAUCCUGUAAAUGUCUCGUGCAAAAUUGCGUUAUCAGUCACUGAUCUCAUUCCGACCCUUCGUGAGGCUGUUGGAGUUUUCUACAACAGUUCACAAUCUCUCUCGUGUUUCGACUAUAAAACACAGUUUAUUGAGUGUGCUGAUAUAACAGGAUGUGGUCUAGGCAGUGAUUCACUUGCUUGGGAUUUUCAGAGUUGUACAGAGAUGAAUUUACACGAUGACUCAAAUAGUACUACAAAUGAUAUGUUCACUUCUUUACCUCUAACAAAACAACAAGUAACAAGUUAUUGUCAACGAAAAUGGGGUGUUACACCAGCAUUUAAUCAAUUGUCAACAUUUUAUGGUGAUAAUAUUUGGAAAACUUCAAGCAAUAUCAUAUUUUCAAAUGGGAAUUUGGAUCCAUGGAUGGGUGGUGGAAUUUUAACUGAUCAAUCAGAGAAAGUCAUCUCCUUGGUACUAGAUGGUGGAGCUCAUCAUCUUGAUUUAAGAUCACCAGAUCCAAACGACCCGCCAUCAGCACGUCAAGUUCGUCAAAUUGAGGUACAAACAAUUCGUUCAUGGCUUGAUUUAUGA